GAUGAAAUGAAAACUUGGAAAGGAAGAAACUCUUCGAUUUUAUUUCGUAAUUAGGAUAAUACGACAUGAACAAGGGGAAUAUGGAUGGAAUAACUGAUAUGGAGUAACAUCUCUCUCACCGUCUGCUUUCGUCAACCAUUUUCAGGGGGCUGGAGGGGGCAGGGACAGGGGCCAUGGCAGAGGCAGAGGAGGCUCUGGGACAGGAGGACUGGAAGGAGAAGUGUUUCGUCCUGGAAGCCCUGCUCAUGAAGUUCCGGGUGCAGAUCAUCAAGAUCAGAGAGCUAACGGCAGACAAGAUUCAGCAGCUGGAGACGCAGGUGGUAGAGUCAGACAAACGUGCCUUCAAAGCUCACCAGCAGGUGCAGUGGAUGGAGGAGAAGGCGAAGGCUCCAGACGGUCAGUCAGGUGACUCUGAGGUGCGGUUGUUCAAACGCUGUCAGGACCUACAGUCUCUCCUACAGGAGAAGGAUGAUGUCAUCACCCUGCUGGAGACACAGCUGGAGGAGCAGAAACAGAUCCGAGCCCAGGAUGCUAAGACUGUGGAGGAGAAAGCAGCGAAGAUCAAAGAGUGGGUGAUGCUGAAGCUGUGUGAGUUUGAGGUGGAGAAUGCUGCUCUGAGAGAGACCAACAUUCAGCAGGAGGCUCAGAUCCAGGAGAUACAGAAACAGAUGCAGGCCCUGGAGCAAAAGCGAGGAGUUGGUGUCCAGUCUAAGCCCGGGGAAGCCCAGCGUCUCAGCAGCCUGACGUUUGGCUGUUUCCAGGUACGAGGGAAGAACCCCCAGGUCCUAACAGGCCCCGAGCCCGUCCAGAGGACCCUCAGAACCCAGCCCGAGGCCGAAGGGGGGAACAACACUGAUAACGGCACUAACCAGACAUCAUACUCCUCCGGGGCAGAGAGUGGAGGCCACAGAGCAGCGGAUGCUACCUCAGAGGAGGAGUCUGAGAGUGUGUGUGAGAGCGCAGGAGGGCCAGAGUUUCACUGUGUGUCCUCUGUGCUCUCCAAUGCUGCUUCAGAGGGUGAGGGUGGACGUUUCAGUGAGGGAGGGGGGUGUCCUCUGAAGUACAGCCGUCCCGGCAGCGAUACCUACCUCACGGCGUCCGAUGACAGCAGCUCUCUGUUUGAUGAUGACAUGGAGCGUACUAAGCGCCCCCACUUCCACCUGCCGGGGUCCGGGGAGGGGGGGCUAGCGGAGAAGGAUGGGGUCAGGGAGAGGAAGCUUGAGGACUGCUCCUCGGACGAACUCAACAAACGCUUCCAGUCCCAGAGACUAGACUCUUCGUCCUCCUCCAGUGACCCCUCCAACACCCCUAGCCCCAUCCUCACCCCCACCCUCACCCCCAAGCGCCCCACCUCCACCCAGGACUCCAGAGACCUCCCUGCCUCCCCCAAGCAGCCCCGCCUGCGGACGACCGCUGGAUUUGGAGUGAUGAGCGUGGCCCUGGCCAAGAGACACCUGAGCCAGCCGCCAAUCAGCACGGAGGCGGCUCAUGGACGGACACGCAAUGCCAUCAGCAUGCUCCGCCCCCUUAGGCCCCAGGAGACCGACCUGGAUCAGGAACAGGAGGUCAGCAUGGAGACAAGUAGAGACACUCUGCCUCAGCCAGCCACCAAGCCGACCUUGAGCACCUCACCAGCCUCACUCGCCACGGACGAAGAGGAGCCCCCAGAGAUCCCAGACCCUCCUCCCACGGUGCCAGGGAGCAAACCACCAACACCCCCUCUACACAGGUUCCCCUCCUGGGAAAGCCGGAUAUAUGCAGUGGCUAAGUCUGGCAUCAGACUGUCAGAGACCUCAUGUACAGACCAGACAAGCAAAGACCCCUCCCUCCAGUCCUCGUACCCUGCUUUUGUGCUCUACACAUCCCUCAUCUAUAAGAACAUGACCACGCCUGUUUACACUACGCUGAAGGGGAAAGCCACUCUGCUGAGCAGUAGUCCAUUCUCAGAGUCGUGCAGCUCAGAGUCGUCGUCCAGCUCAGAGGAGUCGUCCAGCUCAGAAGUAGAGGAAGCAUCUAAAUGUAGCUCACACCCCUCUAGAUCCGGCUCACGCAAGAACAGCAACCCCGGCAGCCCCCGCUCCCUCAAGAGAGCAGUGUCCAUGUCGUCCAUGACAUCAGAGAGUGACUAUGCCAUUCCUCCUGAUGCCUACUCUACUGACACAGAGUGUUCUGAGCCAGAGCAGAAACUGCCCAAGACCUGCUCCAGCACCCGCGACAACGGCAAGAGUGAGCCCAUGGAGAAGUCAGGGUACCUCCUGAAGAUGGUGAAGACGUGGAAGAAGACGUGGAAGAGGCGCUGGUUUGUCCUCAAAGAUGGAGAGCUGCUCUAUUACAAGUCACCGAGUGAUGUCAUCCGGAGACCACAGGGUCAGAUUGAGGUCAACGCCACCAGUAGCAUCGCCCGUGGUGACGGGAAGCAAGUGCUCCAGAUUGUUACAGGGAAGAGGGUAUACUAUCUGAAGGCAGACUCUCCCAACCUGCUAGAGGAGUGGCUGAGGGUUCUACAGAGUGUUCUGAGGGUCAAAACAGCCAGCCCACUUUUUGCUCAGCCUGAGAUACGACCCGGGAUGAAGGGCCACCUCAUCAAGGUGAAACAUGGCUACUCCAAGCGGGUGUGGUGCGCCCUCAUCGGUAAAACACUCUACUACUUCCGCAGUCAGGAAGACAAGUUCCCCCUAGGUCAGAUCAAGCUGUGGGAGGCUCGGGUGGAGGAGGUGGACAGGUCACAUGACUCGGAUGAGGAGCUGAAGUCAUGCGGGAGGGGCUUAGAGGCCCCGCCCCACACCAUAGCUGUCCAUCCCCAGGAGCAGGGCCCCACCUACCUGCUCAUUGAAUCCCGACAUGAGAAGGAUGCUUGGCUGUAUCACCUGUCGGUGGCAGCGGGCACCACUUUGGGCAAGGUGGGCACAGAGUUUGAGCAGUUGGUGGGCAAACUCCUCAAUGUGGAGGGAGAACCAAACUCUCAGAGCUGGAGGCACCCCAUGCUGUGUUUCAGUAAAGAGGGUCUGGUCUCUGCCCUCACCACCCUGCCCUCUCAGGCCCUGCAGACUGAGGCCAUCAAGUUGUUUAAGACAUGCCAGCUCUUCAUCAACGUGGCCAUCGAUGCUCCAGCUAUUGACUACCACGUGUCCCUGGCCCAGAGUGCUUUGCAGGUGUGCCUGACCCACCCAGAGCUACAGAACGAGUUAUUCUGUCAGCUCAUCAAACAGACAACCAAGAGACAGCCCCAAGGGCAGCCCUGGCCCUUACAGGGCUGGCAGUUCCUGGCUCUGUGUGUGGGUCUCUUUCUGCCCCAGCACCCCUUCCUUUGGCUGCUGCAGGUACACCUUAAGAGGCAUGGAGACUCAAGAACAGAGGUGGGUAAAUACGCCAUCUACUGUCAGAGGUCGGUAGAGCGGACACAGCAGAAGGGUGAGCGCCAGGCCAGGGCGUCCCGUAUGGAGAUCCUGUCUAUCCUUCUCAGGAACCCAUACCACCACUCACUGCCCUUCAGUGUACCUGUUCACUUCCUCAACAACACAUACCAGGUAGUGGGCUUUGAUGCCUCUACCACAGUGGAGGAAUUUCAGUGCAGACUGAACCAGGACACAGGCAUGAGGAAAACUGGUCAAUCAGGCUUCAGCCUCUACACGGACGACCCUACUGGACGAGAGCUGGAGCACUGUCUACAGGGGGGCAUCAAGAUCUGUGACAUCAUCUCCAAAUGGGAGCAGGCCUCCAAGGAGCAGCACACGGGCAAAUCUGAGAACACCAGGACUGUCAGGCUCACCUACAAGAACAGGCUCUACUUCUCUCCACAGGUGAGAGGUGAGUCCGAGAGAGAGAGGCUGCUCCUGGUCUAUCAGGCCAACGAUGCCAUCGCAGCUGGACACUUCCCUGUCAACAAGGAGCUGGCUCUGGAGAUGUCUGCCCUGCUUGCCCAGGUGGAGUUUGGAGAUUUUGAGCGUCCGUUCUCCACCCCAGCCAGCCCCAACUCAGCCCAGACCAAGUCCAACCAGACCCUGAAACAGGUACUGGAGAGGUUCUACCCAAAACACUACCGCAGGACAUCCACUGAGGAACAACUCAGGCAACUGCGCCAGCGUCUGUCCACCCGAUGGGCAUCACUCAGGGGUCGAAGUUCAUCCGAGUGUGUACGCAUCUACCUGACUGUGGCUAGGAAGUGGCCCUUCUUCGGGGCCAAGCUGUUUGAAGCAGAGUCCAUCACGCCCUCUCCUGAGCAGGGUGCCCACCUGUGGCUGGCAGUGCAUGAGGAUGGCAUCAGCGUGCUGGAGCACAACUCCAUUAAACUGCUGGUGUCCCACCCUUAUAAGAACCUGAUGACGUUUGGAGGCUGCAGGCAAGACUUUAUGCUGGUGGUAAGCCAGAGCAUUGGCAGUAAUGCUACCAAAGACAAGCCCACAGAGAAACACCUGUUCACUAUGGCCACCUCCAAGAACAGGGAGAUGACCCUUCUCAUCUCCAGUUACAUCAACAGUGCCCAUCAACAGAAAGCCGCCACCCACCACCUCUCUGCCCCUGCCUUGCUGGUGGCUCAGCCUGUCAAUCUCAAGAGCAAAGAGCUAAGGAGUAAAUCACCACCGGCGGCGGGCAGACCUAGCAAGGCACCUACUCUCCUGUGAUCGCCCUUCUACAAGCUGCAAGAACCGCUACAUACAUUUAUAUCAGGCCAGGGGAUCAGCGGAGUACGUGGAAUCAGGGUUGUGUUCAGUAGGUACGAAAUGGAGUGAAACAGUGGGGGGUACAAUCUUAACCUGUCCAAUAAGAAACAACCAUUUACUUUUCCCAUUGCAAAACGUUUUGAUACGUUGUGGCUUAAUGACGCCACCCAGUCUCGUCUCUGAUCACGUGACAGGGGACUGACGAACUCCAGUGCAGAGACUUAUGGCAUGGUACAGUGAGCUUUUUCUCAUCCCUGUGCACUUUAAUUCAUCCGCUGUAGAUCCUUCUGUUCGCUCACCAAAGAGCAAGGUCGGUGUUAUUUAUUGACAGACAGCCUUAAACUCUAAAGCCUUCUCUAGUUUAAGCUUUUCAGUAUUUUCUAUUGCUUGUUUUAUAUUUUUGUAACUUUGUACACAGUUUACUUCCUGCCUUUAAACUUUUGUACCUCUAUUACUAUAAUAAUAAUUCUGGGGGUGCUUAUAUUUGUCCUGUUACACACUAGUGUGUACUCCAAAUGUUUUUUGUUUGUUGCAUAUCCCAACUCCCCAUUAGACACCCACAAGGAGUGGGGUCACGGCCAGGGUCGCCGUUGUAUAGCGCCUCUCGAUAUUUUUCUUCUGUUUUUACUGCGACCUAUAAUGCCAGUUUCCAACAGAGGACCUUUUUUUGUUGUUCAUAUUCCUGGGUGUGAAAUAAGGUAAAGGAAACCAACACGAUCAGCCUAUGAUAUAGCCUUAAGUACAAGUGCCAUGUAGAACAGGAUUAUUGAAAGGAUAUAGGAUGACGUUGGGGUUGCUGUUUUAGCCAACCGGCCCACUAUUGUUGGAGUGAAGAGAUGAAUAAGCUUCCUUCGUGCAAAGUUGGUUGCAUGGACAGUACAGAGAUUGAGGAAAGGGAGUGGUGUAAGUGGCUAGUUUGUGGAGACGUUGGAAAGAAUGCAAUGGAAGUGAUUGAUGCAUAUGAUUGGGUAAGUGGAAGUGACACAGUACAGGAUUGAGAAAGACCGCUUUAUGAGUAGUUGGUAUGUUAAAAGUCCAAUGCAGCCAUUUAAAAAAAAUCUCAAUUCACAUUUCUGGGUAACAAUUAAGUACCUUACUGUGAUUGUUUUCAAUUGAAAUGGUCAAAAGGGAACAACAGCAGCUUCUUAGAAAAAUGAUAUUUCUCCAGCAAGAAUGUUGCUAGGACUGUCUGAGAGUGGCCUGAGUGAGGGGCCUAAUCGGAGGAGCCUAAUCAGAGGAGCCUAAUGGGAGGGAAGUGUAACCUUAAAACCAGCUUUUAUUGACAGAGAUGAGGGCAAACUCUCUUUGUUAUUGGUCUAUUAACUCAUCUCGCUUGGUGAUGUCGAUUGGCGGUCCAAAAUUCCACCCAGUCAAACAAGCUGAAAUGUCAGGCACCCUUUUUAAAACAGCCCUUACACUAAAAGGGCAUUUUCACAAUUUCACAGUAUUAUUCCAACCUUUAUAGUGUGGAAAUAUAUAUCAAACACAGCAAAAUCAUGUUUUAGACUGCACUGCCCCUUUAAAAGAUGGUCGAGCCCUAUGAAGUGGUGAGGAAAUACUGCAUCAACUUCAAAACUCCCUUGCUAGUGCUACAAUCAUGUAACUAAGAAACUUGCUGGAAAGUAACUUCAAAAUGAUUUAUUGUUUUGUUGAAUAGUCAUGACUGGUUUAAGAUAUCUGUCUGAAGAUGGCGGUGACGAAGAAUAUCAUUGCUGCAUUCCAGUGAAUUUCUCAAUUAAAUGAUUGUAUAACUAGCAAAGGGAUACUGAAGUUGCAUUAUUUAUGGGCUCCCGAGUGGCGCAGAGGUCUAAGGCACUGCAUCUCAGUGUUAGAGGCAUCACUACAGACACCCUGGUUUGAAUCCAGGCUGUAUCACAACCGGCCGUGAUUGGGAGUCCCAUAGAGUGGCAUACAAUUGGCCCAGCGUCGGCCGGUGUGGGCCGUCAUUGUAAAUAAGAAUUUGUUCUUAACUGACUUGCCUAGUUAAAAUAAAAUGUAUUUAUUCUGAAGUUUGGCAAUGAGGAUGAAAACUAGCAUAGUUUAGCCAGGGAAAACCAGCUCGGGCCAGUUGCACAUGUGCGCCAAUGCACACUAUUCAGUAUAUGCGUUGUGGGCCUGGGGGGGGGUAAAGGAGUGCAAUUUUUGGAAGGAGUUUGGGAGGGUGUGACAGUUGACAAAUGGAAUUUAAAGCAAAGCACAACCCAUUUGUUCCAUUUUGCAUCACGUUACUAUAAAGAUGAACUGGAAAGCAUAUUUUUGGAUCAGAAUGAUCAUUCAUUAGAAUCUGAACCCAUUUUGAGCUGUAUGUUCCUUGUUUCUCGUGCGUGUUUUGCUGUUCAUGCUGUGUGUCAUUCAAAAAUACAAGCUUAUACUGUAUGACUUAGGUAUUUAUUUUGAUAUGCCAUACAUUUUUAUAAAUAUAUGUAGAAUGCAUCUUUUAAAAUGGUCAUUAUUUGUACAAAUAUUUAAAUAAACGCCAUUGGCAAACGGACA